AUGGAGCUGACCUGGUGAGCUUGGUUUGUGAUUAACCAUUUGGCGAGAGUGUUUGACGUAGUGAUGUUAGUUGUAACGUAAUCAUGAUGAAAUGCUGUUCCCAAUCUCCUCGUAGGGAGGACGUCCCGCUCCCAGCCCCAGACUGUCUAUUAUUCAACAAAGACCUCUAUGACAAGUACUCCCUGGCGCCGACCAUGAAGGGACUCUGGGAUAUGGCUGAAGUAAGGUACAGUAUGCAUCUAGCAGUAGCUACCUAACAUAGCGUCAAUGGUCAGCUGAUUGAUGGGAGUUUGAGCUCUUUCUCAUUGUUGGAACUGGUAACCAUUAGAAUGAUGAGCAGUUGUUGUGGUGUCCAGUCCCGCAGUAAAGGUUGAAGUGAAGGAGGAGUUAGGGGACCCAACAGGACCAGCCAAGCUCCCCUCUACACAGAACCAGUCCAAAAGCAGCAGCAGUAACAGUCAGGAUGAGAGGAGUGGCACCAGAGAGCCCAGUUCUGACAGUCAGGAUGAGAGGAGUGGCACCAGAGAGCCCUGUUCUGACAGUCAGGAUGAGAGGAGUGGCACCAGAGAGCCCAGUUCUGACAGUCAGGAUGAACACAGUGACCAUAAAGAUGACCACCCACCUGCUGGUGAGGCAGUCUCCAGUCACCCUAGACCCCCCGGCCAGGACCCCAGUCACCCUAGGCCCCCCGGCCAGGACCCCAGCCACCCUAGGCCCCCCGGCCAGGACCCCAGCCACCCUAGACCCCCCGGCCAGGACCCCAGCCUUCCCGUCCUUCCCGGCCAGGUACCAGAGAUGUUCCCGGAGCCCAGGGUACCAUACCCCUGUUUCUCCAGACUCACCAGUAAAGACCAGCUGACAUAUCUCCGUGUGCUGACCAGCAAACAGCCCAGAGAAGCUCCUCAGGUAGGCUACUGACUGGCUCUUAAUAAUACGAAUAUAAUAAACUUCAUUUGCACAAUACAUACAGAGAAGCUCCUCAUGCACAUAAUGCUCUCAACACGCUAUGCUGUUGUCACACUGUGGCUGUUCCUGGAAGGUCACACUGUGGCUCUUCCUGGAAGGUCACACUGUGGCUGUUCCUGUAAGGUCACACUGUGGCUGUUCCUGGAAGGUCAGAGCCUGUGGCUGUUCCUGGAAGGUCAGAGCCUGUGGCUGUUCCUGGAAGGUCAGAGCCUGUGGCUGUUCCUGGAAGGUCAGAGCCUGUGGCUGUUCCUGGAAGGUCAGAGCCUGUGGCUGUUCCUGGAAGGUCAGAGCAUGUGGCUGUUCCUGGAAGGUCACACUGUGGCUGUUCCUGGAAGGUCACACUGGCUGUUCCUGGAAGGUCAGAGCCUGUGGCUGUUCCUGGAAGGUCACACUGUGGCUGUUCCUGGAAGGUCAGAGCCUGUGGCUGUUCCUGGAAGGUCAGAGCCUGUGGCUGUUCCUGGAAGGUCAGAGCCUGUGGCUGUUCCUGGAAGGUCAGAGCCUGUGGCUGUUCCUGGAAGGUCAGAGCCUGUGGCUGUUCCUGGAAGGUCAGAGCCUGUGGCUGUUCCUGGAAGGUCAGAGCCUGUGGCUGUUCCUGGAAGGUCAGAGCCUGUGGCUGUUCCUGUAAGGUCAGAGCCUGUGGCUGUUCCUGGAAGGUCAGAGCCUGUGGCUGUUCCUGGAAGGUCAGAGCCUGUGGCUGUUCCUGGAAGGUCAGAGCCUGUGGCUGUUCCUGGAAGGUCACACUGUGGCUGUUCCUGGAAGGUCAGAGCCUGUGGCUGUUCCUGGAAGGUCACACUGUGGCUGUUCCUGUAAGGUCACACUGUGGCUGUUCCUGGAAGGUCAGAGCCUGUGGCUGUUCCUGGAAGGUCACACUGUGGCUGUUCCUGGAAGGUCACACUGUGGCUGUUCCUGGAAGGUCAGAGCCUGUGGCUGUUCCUGGAAGGUCACACUGUGGCUGUUCCUGUAAGGUCACACUGUGGCUGUUCCUAUAAGGUCACACUGUGGCUGUUCCUAUAAGGUCACACUGUGGCUGUUCCUAUAAGGUCAGAGCAUGUGGCUGUUCCUGGAAGGUCACACUGUGGCUGUUCCUGGAAGGUCACACUGGCUGUUCCUGGAAGGUCAGAGCCUGUGGCUGUUCCUGGAAGGUCACACUGUGGCUGUUCCUGGAAGGUCACACUGUGGCUGUUCCUGUAAGGUCAGAGCCUGUGGCUGUUCCUGGAAGGUCAGAGCCUGUGGCUGUUCCUGGAAGGUCAGAGCCCGUGGCUGUUCCUGGAAGGUCAGAGCCCGUGGCUGUUCCUGUAAGGUCAGAGCCUGUGGCUGUUCCUGGAAGGUCAGAGCCUGUGGCUGUUCCUGUAAGGUCACACUGUGGCUGUUCCUGGAAGGUCAGAGCCUGUGGCUGUUCCUGUAAGGUCAGAGCCCGUGGCUGUUCCUGUAAGGUCAGAGCCCGUGGCUGUUCCUGUAAGGUCAGAGCCUGUGGCUGUUCCUGGAAGGUCAGAGCCUGUGGCUGUUCCUGGAAGGUCAGAGCCUGUGGCUGUUCCUGGAAGGUCAGAGCCUGUGGCUGUUCCUGGAAGGUCAGAGCCUGUGGCUGUUCCUGGAAGGUCAGAGCCUGUGGCUGUUCCUGGAAGGUCAGAGCCUGUGGCUGUUCCUGGAAGGUCAGAGGCCGUGGCUGUUCCUGGAAGGUCAGAGCCUGUGGCUGUUCCUGGAAGGUCAGAGCCUGUGGCUGUUCCUGGAAGGUCAGAGCCUGUGGCUGUUCCUGGAAGGUCAGAGCCUGUGGCUGUUCCUGUAAGGUCAGAGCCUGUGGCUGUUCCUGUAAGGUCACACUGUGGCUGUUCCUGGAAGGUCAGAGCCUGUGGCUGUUCCUGUAAGGUCAGAGGCCGUGGCUGUUCCUGGAAGGUCACACUGUGGCUGUUCCUGUAAGGUCAGAGCCCGUGGCUGUUCCUGUAAGGUCAGAGCCUGUGGCUGUUCCUGGAAGGUCAGAGCCCGUGGCUGUUCCUGGAAGGUCAGAGCCUGUGGCUGUUCCUGGAAGGUCAGAGCCUGUGGCUGUUCCUGGAAGGUCAGAGCCUGUGGCUGUUCCUGGAAGGUCAGAGCCUGUGGCUGUUCCUGGAAGGUCAGAGCCUGUGGCUGUUCCUGGAAGGUCAGAGCCUGUGCAUUCGGUCAUUGUACUUAAAACAUGCUAUUGACAUUGACAGAACUCAAUAUUGUGAAUUGUGCCUUCCUCACUGUCAGAUUGGAAUCACGGCGUACCUUCACCCUACCCGAUCCUGCACUAACCCUGUUUAUCUCUGCCGAUCAGACUCUGUUGCUGCAUGUGAACAGUGAGAGGACAGAGUUCAUGAGGUACCUUCAGGAAGUGGCCAGGAUGUGUCCCGACGACUACAACUACAUAUCCCAGGGGGCCGCGCUCUUCUCAGAGGUAAUGCACUGUUACUUCCUGGUUACUAGUCUGCUGAUGUUACAACUCUGAACGGUACUCUCAUCUUUCUCUGUUCUAGGAGUACCUGAGAGCCUGUCGAGACCAGAUGAGGAAGUAUCCCCAACUCUAUCUGAUCCAUGAGAUAACCAGCCUCACAGGAGGAAACUUCUCAUCCAGCCUCCAGCUCAACUUUGAGAAACAGCUCCUUACUAUGGUGAGUUACUAGAAAAAGGUUUUUUCUAUAGAAAAACUCCUUACAUGGGUGAGAUAUACAGAAAAUGUUUUUCUAAAAGAACAGCCCCUUUUACGGGGGGAGUUUAUACUAGAAAAAAUGUGUUCUUAUAGAACAGCCCCUUUUACUAUGGUGAGAUAUAAAAGAAAAUUUUGUUCUAUAAAAAACCCCUUUUACUAUGGUAAAAUUAUACUAGAAAAAUUUGGUUCUAUAAAAAGCCCCGGUAUGGGGGGAAAUACUGAAUAAGGGUUUUCUAAAAAAACAGCUCCUUAUAUGGAGAAUACUAGAAAAUGGUUUUUAAAAUAAAAACCGCCCCUUACUUGGUGAGUUUAUACUGGGAAUAAUGUGUUCAUAAAACAGUUUCCUUACAGGGGUGAAUAUACUAGAAAAAUUUUUUUAAAAAACAGCUCCUUACAAAUGGUGAAUAACUAGAAUAAUGUUUUCAUGGGAAACAGCUCCUUACAGGGUGAGAUAUCUAAAUAUGUUUCUAUAAAACACUCUACUAUGUGAGAUAUCUAAAAAUAAUGUGUUCUAUGACAGCCCCUUUCUAUGGGAAUUACUAGAAUAAUGUGUUCUAAUAUAACGCCCCUUACUAUGGUGAGAUAUACUAAAAUAAUGUGUUCUAUAAAAAACGCCCUUACUAUGGUGGAUUACUAAAUAAUUGUUCUAUAAAACAGCCCCUUUAAGGGUAGAUAUCUAGAUAAGUUUUUUAUAGAACAUUUCCCUUACAUGGGAAAUACUAAAUAAUGUGUUCAUAAACAGCUCCUUUUUGGUGAGAUUACUAAAAAAUGUGUUCAUAGAACAGCUCCUUACAUGGGGGAUAAAACAGAAAAAUGUUUCAAAGAACGCUCCUUACUAGGGUGAGAUAACUAAAAUAAUGUUUUAUAUAACAGCCCUUACUAUGGGAAUAACAGAAUAAUGUGUUUAUAAACAGUUUCCUUCUAUGGUAAUAUCUAAAAAAUGUUUCUAUAAGAACACUCCUUACUAUGGUGAGUAACUAGAAAAAUGUGUUCAAUAAACACUCCUUAUAUGGUAGAUAUCUAAAAAUUUUUCUAUGAACAGCUCCUACUAUGGGGGGAUUACUAGAAUAAGUUUUCUUUUGAACAGCUCCUUACAUGGUAGAUAUACUAAAAAGGGGUUUCAAAACGCCCUUACAUGGUGAGAUAUAGAAUAAUUUUUCUUAAGAACCUCCUUACUAGGUGAAUAUACGAAUAAGGGUUUUCUAUAAAACCCCUUUACUAUGGGGAGAUAACUAGAAUAAGGGUUUUCUAUAGAACACUCCUUAUGGGGGAGAUAACAAAAAGGGUUUUUUAAUAAAACAGCUCCUUACUAGGGUAGAUUUAAAAAGAUGUGUUCUAAAAAACACUCCUUACUAUGGUGAAUAUACAGAAUAAUGUGUUCUUUUAACAGCUCCUUACUAGGGGUGAAUUUACAAAAAGUGUUCUAAAAAACCUCCUUACUAGGGUUUGGUAACAAAAUGUGUUCUAUAGAACGCUCCUUACUAUGUGAAUAUACAAAAAAAUUGUUCUAUAAAAGCUCCUUACUAGGGUGAGUUUAACUAAAAAUAAUGGUUCUAUAAAACACUCCUACUAUGGGGAUAACUAGAAAAAUUGUUCUAUAAACCUCCUUACUAUGGUAGAUACUGAAAAAGUGUUCUAUAAAAACAGCCCUUACUAUGGUAAAUACUAGAAUAAUGUUUCUAAAAACAGCUCCUUACUAUGGUGAAUAUACUAGAAUAAUUGUUCUAUAAAACGCCCCUUUCUAUGGUGGAUUACAGAAAAAGGUUUUUCUAUAAACACCCCUUUACUAGGUGAGAAAAACAAUAUGUGUUUUUAUAACAGCUCCUUACUAUGGGAAUUACUAGAAAAAUUUUCUAAAAGAACAGCUCCUUACUAGGGGAAUAUCUAAAUAAGUUUUUUUUAAAAGCCCCUUUACAUGGUGAAUAUAUUUAAAAAUGUGUUCAUAAACGUUUCCUUACUAGGUAGAUAUACUAAAUAAUUUUUCUAUAUAAAAAACCCCCUUACUAUGGUGAGAUAACUAGAAUAAUGUGUUCUUUUAAACCCCUUUACUAUGGUGAGAUAUACAAAUAGUUUCUUAGAAACUCCUACUAUGGUGAGAUUACUAAAUAAUUGGUUCUAUAAACAGUUUCCUUACUAUGGUGAGAUUCUAAAUAAUGUGUUCUAUAGAACAGCCCCUUACUAUGGGGGAAUAUACAGAAUAUGUUUUUAAAUAGAACACUCCUUACAGGGAGAUAUCUGAAUAAGGGUGUUCUAUAGAACACUCCUCUAGGAGUUUCGGGAAAAAAAUUUUGGGGAAACGAAAAGUGCCGCCCCCCUUUUUAAAUUCAAAAUUUUCUAUCCCCCCCACGGGGGAAAAACAAAAUUUUUUUUUAAAAUCGCCCCACUAUGGUAGUUCUGUUGUUAUAAAAAAUUUUUGGGAUAAAAAAAAUUUUUUAAGGGUCCUUUUUUUUUAAAAAAUUUUCAAAGAAAGCCCUUACUUGUGAAAUACUAGAAUAAUUUGUUCUAUAGAACAGCUCCUUACUAUGUUAGAUAUACUAGAAAAUUUGGGGUUUAUAGAACAGCCCCUUUACUAUGGUGGAUAUCAGAAUAAUGUGUUCUAUAGAACCCCCUUACUAGGGUGAGAUAUACUUAGAAUAAUGUGUUCUAUAUAUAACAGCUCCUUACUAUGGUGAGAUAUACUAGAAUAAUGUGUUCUAUAGAACAGCUCCUUACUAUGGUGAGAUAUACUAGAAUAAUGUGUUCUAUAUAGAACAGCUCCUUACUAUGGUGAGAUAUACGAGAAUAAUGUGUUUCUAUAGAACAUGCUCCUUACUAUGGUGAGAUAUACUAGAAUAAUGUGUUCCAUAUAGAACAGCUCCUGACUAUGGUGAGAUAUACUAGAAUAAUGUGUUCUAUAUAGAACAGCUCCUUACUAUGGUGAGAUAUACUAGAAUAAUGUGUUCUAUAGAACAGCUCCUUACUAUGGUGAGAUAUACUAGAAUAAUGUGUUCUAUAGAACGCUCCUUACUAUGGUGAGAUAUACUAGAAUAAUGUGUUCUAUAGAACAGCUCCUUACUAUGGUGAGAUAUACUAGAAUAAUGUGUUCUAUAGAACAGCUCCUUACUAUGGUGAGAUAUACUAGAAUAAUGUGUUCAAUAGAACAGCUCCUUACUAUGGUGAGAUAUACUAGAAUAAUGUGUUCUAUAUAGAACAGCUCCUUACUAUGGUGAGAUAUACUAGAAUAAUGUGUUCUAUAGAACAGCUCCUUACUAUGGUGAGAUAUACUAGAAUAAUGUGUUCUAUAGAACAGCUCCUUACUAUGGUGAGAUAUACUAGAAUAAUGUGUUCUAUAGAACAGCUCCUUACUAUGGUGAGAUAUACUAGAAUAAUGUGUUCUAUAGAACAGCUCCUUACUAUGGUGAGAUAUACUAGAAUAAUGUGUUCUAUAUAACAUAAUGUAUUCUAUAUCAUCCAUUGUACUUGAGCCACAGAACCUGUCCUCCUCCUUUCUGUGUCUCCAGGGCGAGGUGGUGAUCACAGACCACAAGGUGGUGCCUAAUGAAGCGCAGUUGUCAUUUGACUACGAGACUGUUUCAUCAGAUAUUCCUCCAGUGAAGAAAGCAAAGCACUCACACUCUGUAAGAAUAAUGCUUUACUUCUUAAUUACUACAACAAAGAGAGACAUCAUUGGUUAUUGUCUCAGGUUGGAGCUCAGUCUUUGGGAGGCCUUUGUAUAUGAACACACUCCAGCAGCACUCUUCCUCACAAUAUCUCUAGAGGUGGCUGAUGCAUCACUUUGGACACACCAUUGAUGUUUCUAAACAGUGUUAUGUCUUAGAGUCCAUUUUACACACUAAAUAAGUGACUUUAUUACUCCAUCCCCUGAAAACAGUAUUAUGGGCUAUUCUUCAGAUGUUGGUGUUUGUUUCAUGUUCAGGGCGUCAGUACUGACAGUAAUGCAGAGAAGCUGAGUGGUCGGUAUGAACCCCAUGUUGUCCUGAGUAGAGAAAGUCUGGUCAGACUGCUGGACAACCACGGUCCGGACUUCACUGACCCCUGGGAGUUACCUGUAGUGGUCAAAACCAACCCUGGGAGAGGUAGGAUAUAACCUAACCCCUGAUGCCUAACCCCUCAUCCUGACCCCUGACCCUAACCCCUCAUCCUGACCCCUCAUCCUGACCCCUGGGAGUUACCUGUAGUGGUCAAAACCAACCCUGGGAGAGGUAGGAUAUAACCUAACCCCUGAUGCCUGACCCCUGACCCCUAACCCCUCAUCCUGACCCCUGGGAGUUACCUGUAGUGGUCAAAACCAACCCUGGGAGAGGUAGGAUAUAACCUAACCCCUCAUCCUGACCCCUGACCCCUCAUCCUGACCCCUGACCCUAACCCCUCAUCCUGACCCCUCAUCCUGACCCCUGGGAGUUACCUGUAGUGGUCAAAACCAACCCUGGGAGAGGUAGGAUAUAACCUAACCCCUGAUGCCUAACCCCUGACCCCUAACCCCUCAUCCUGACCCCUGACCCUAACCCCUCAUCCUGACCCCUGACCCCUCAUCCUGACCCCUAACCCCUCAUUACCUGUAGUGGUCAUACUGCUCACGUUCUUUCUCCUUGUCUCCUUCUCAAAACCCAUUGGAGGAGAAGGUCAAAAGGGAGGGACCUCUGGCUUUCUCAUCCAUUUGAGAAGGAGAUGGGUAGGACGUGAGGAGUAUGCAAUUGAGAUCUUCCAAAUAUCAACCUUGGGAGAGGUAGGACAUUACCCUGAACCCUAACCAGGGGCCCACCAGAUAGCAUAUGACAGCGAAAUGUGUAGAAUGACUGGAAAUUAGCUUUAAAACUGCAGAAUUCUCUCUCAGCAUCAUGGCAAAAUGUGUAGAAUGUCAGGAAAUUAGCUUUAAAACUGCUUAGAAAAAUGUUUAGAAUAGCAUUAUAAAACUGCACAUUUCUUUCAACACAAAAUAUCUUGAAAUCAAUGAUGUGAAGUAUAUAAACCCUGGAUCGCUGAUGCUUUGUAUUGGCCAAUGAGAGGCUUUGAAGCCACCGGUCGGCCAUAUUGUCAAAGCAAAUGUUAUUUGUAAUCCUUCUGCACACACUGCAGCAGGGAUUUUGGCCCACUCCUCCAUACAGACCUUCUCCAGAUCCUUCAGGUUUCGGGGCUGUCGCUGGGCAAUACGGACUUUCAGCUCCCUCCAAAGAAUUUUCUAUUGGGUUCAGGUCUGGAGACUGGCUCGGCCACUACAGGACCGACCUUGAGAUGCCUCUUACGGAGCCACUCCUUAGUUGCCCUGGCUGUGUGUUUCGGGCCGUUGUCAUGCUGGAAGACCCAGCCACGACCCAUCUUCAAUGCUCUUACUGAGGGAAGGAGGUUGUUGGCCAAGAUCUCGCGAUACAUAGCCUCAUCCAUCCUCCCCUCAAUACGGUGCAGUCGUCCUGUCCCCUUUGCAGAAAAGCAUCCCCAAAGAAUGAUGUUUCCACCUCCAUGCUUCACGGUUGGGAUGGUGUUCUUGGGGUUGUACUCAUCCUUCUUCUUCCUCCAAACACGGCGAGUGGAGUUUAGACCAAAAAGCUCUAUUUUUGUCUCAUCAGACCACAUGACCUUCUCCCAUUCCUCAUCUGGAUCAUCCAGAUGGUCAUUGGCAAACUUCAGAUGGGCCUGGACAUGCGCUGGCUUGAGCAGGGGGACCUUGCGUGCGCUGCAGGAUUUUAAUCCAUGACGGCGUAGUGUGUUACUAAUGGUUUUCUUUGAGACUGUGGUCCCAGCUCUCUUCAGGUCAUUGACCAGGUCCUGCCGUGUAGUUCUAGGCUGAUCCCUCACCUUCCUCAUGAUCAUUGAUGCCCCACGAGGUGAGAUCUUGCAUGGAGCCCCAGACCGAGGGUGAUUGACCGUCAUCUUGAACUUCUUCCAUUUUCUAAGAAUUGCGCCAACAGUUGUUGCCUUCUCACCAAGCUGCUUGCCUAUUGUCCUGUAGCCCAUCCCAGCCUUGUGCAGGUCUACAGUUUUAUCCCUGAUGUCCUUACACAGCUCUCUGGUCUUGGCCAUUGUGGAGAGGUUGGAGUCUGUUUGAGUGUGUGGACAGGUGUCUUUUAUACAGGUAGCGAGUUCAAACAGGUGCAGUUAAUACAGGUAAUGAGUGGAGAACAGGAGGGCUUCUUAAAGAAAAACGAACAGGUCUGUGAGAGCCGGAAUUCUUACUGGUUGGUAGGUGAUCAAAUACUUAUGCAAAUUAAUCAGUUAAAAAUCAUACAAUGUGAUUUUCUGGAUUUUUGUUUUAGAUUCCGUCUCUCACAGUUGAAGUGUACCUAUGAUAAAAAGUACAGACCUCUACAUGCUUUGUAAGUAGGAAAACCUGCAAAAUCGGCAGUGUAUCAAAUACUUGUUCUCCCCACUGUAGAGGUAGUACCAGUACUGAGUCAGGGGUACCAGGUAAAAACAUGGCUAUAUACAGGGAGUACCAGUACUGAGUCAGGGGUACCAGGUAAUAACAUGGCUAUAUACAGGGAGUACCAGGUAAUAACAUGGCUAUAUACAGGGAGUACCAGGUAAUAACAUGGCUAUAUACAGGGAGUACCAGUACUGAGUCAGGGGUACCAGGUAAUAACAUGUCUAUAUACAGGGAGUACCAGGUAAUAACAUGGCUAUAUACAGGGAGUACCAGUACUGAGUCAGGGGUACCAGGUAAUAACAUGGCUAUAUACAGGGAGUACCAGUACUGAGUCAGGGGUACCAGGUAAUAACAUGGCUAUAUACAGGGAGUACCAGUACUGAGUCAGGGGUACCAGGUAAUAACAUGCUAUAUACAGGGAGUACCAGUACUGAGUCAGGGGUACCGGGUAAUAACAUGGCUAUAUACAGGGAGUACCAGGAAAUAACUGGCUAUAUACAGGGAGUACCAGGUAAUAACAUGGCUAUAUACAGGGAGUACCAGGAAAUACAUGGCUAUAUACAGGGAGUACCAGGUAAUAACAUGGCUAUACACAGGAAGUACCGGGUAUAACAUGGUUAUAUACAGGGAGUACAGGUAAUAACAUGGCUAUAUACAGGAGUACCAGGUAAUAACAUGGCUAUAUACAGGGAGUACCAGUAAUAACAUGGCUAUAUACAGGGAGUACCGGGUAUAACAUGGUAUAUACAGGGAGUACCAGGUAAUAACAUGGCUAUAUACAGGGAGUACCAGUACUGAGUCAGGGGUACCAGGUAAUAACAUGGCUAUAUACAGGGAGUACCAGUACUGAGUCAAUAUGCAGGGUACCAGGUAAUAACAUGGCUAUAUACAGGGAGUACCAGUACUGAGUCAAUAUGCAGGGGUACCAGGUAAUAACAUGGCUAUAUACAGGGAGUACCAGUACUGAGUCAAUAUGCAGGGGUACCAGGUAAUAACAUGGCUAUAUACAGGGAGUACCAGUACUGAGUCAAUAUGCAGGGGUACCAGGUAAUAACAUGACUAUAUACAGGGAGUACCAGUACUGAGUCAGGGGUACCAGGUAAUAACAUGGCUAUAUACAGGGAGUACCAGUACUGAGUCAAUAUGCAGGGGUACUAGGUAAUAACAUGGCUACAGUGCAUUCGGAAAGUAUUCAGACCCCUUCCUUUUUCCACGUUUUGUUACGUUACAGCCUUAUUCUAAAAUGGAUUACAUUAUUUUUUCCCCUCAUCAAUCUACACACAAUACCCCAUAAGGACAACGCAAGAACAGGUUUUUAGAAAUUUUAGCACAUUUAUUAAAAAUAAACAACAGCAAUACCUUAUUUACAUAUAUAUACGUAUUCAGACCCUUUGCUACGAGACUCGAAAUUGAGCUUGGAUGCAUCCUGUUUCCAUUGAUCAUCCUUCAGAUGUUUCUAAAACUUGAUUGGAGUCCACCUGUGGUAAAUUCAAUUGAUUGGACAUGAUUUGGAAAGGCACACACCUGUCUAUAUAAGGUCCCACAGUUGACAGUGCACGUCAGAGCAAAAACCAAGCCAUGAGGUCGAAUGAAUUUUUCCGUAGAGCUCUGAGACAGGAUUGCGUCGAGGCACAGAUCUGGGGAAGGAUACCAAAACAUUUGUGACUCAUUUCAGGAAACUAGGCGGAUGUCACGUGUCACUACUUCACAGGAGCGCCAUUUGAACGUAAACUUUUUUGGCAGAAAUUUCUUCUGGAACAUGUGAACUUUCAUGUGCCUUAAUAACAAACUUGUAAGCCAUCUGUAAAUACGAAUAAAAUUGUUAAAUUACGAGCCUAGUUGGUUUAGCCACGGAAAAAGACAGCAACCUUCCCGCUAGCCAUGAUUGGCUGAGAUAAUGAGUGGGCUGGAAAUGCCGAGAGAUGAGUUCGGAUUGGUCUGCCAUGUAGCGCGCUUCUGUCUAUAACAUGAGCUGGUCAGUAUGUGUAGGUAAUCCUGGAGCAUCCUGGAGCCCCAGGCCGAGGGAGAUUGACAGUUAUUUUGUGUUUCUUCCAUUUGCGAAUAAUUGCACCAACGGUUGUCACCUUCUCACCAAGCUGCUUGGCGAUGGUCUUGUAGCCCAUUCCAGCCUUGUGUAGGUCUACAAUCUUGUCCCUGACAUCCUUGGUGAGCCCCUUGGUCUUGGCCAUGGUGGAGAGUUUGGAAUCUGAUUGAUUGAUUGCUUCUGUGGACAGGUGUCUUUUAUACAGGUAACAAACUGAGAUUAGGAGCACUCCCUUUAAGAGAGUGCUCCUAAUCUCAGUUUGUUACCUGUAUAAAAGACACCUGGGAGCCAGAAAUCUUUCUGAUUGAGAGGGGGUCAAAUACUUAUUUCCCUCAUUAAAAUCAAUUUAUAAAAAAUGUGUUUUUCUGGAUGUUUUUGUUGUUAUUCUGUCUCUCACUGGUCAAAUAAACCUACCAUUAAAAGUAUAGACUGAUCAUGUCUUUGUCAGUGGGCCAACGUACAAAUUCAGCAGGGGAUCAAAUACUUUUUCCCCUCACUGUAUAUGUCGAUACUAUUCCCAGAGGCGACCCAGAACAUUUCCCAGUCCAGGUGAUCAAAGCUGUUUUGAUGCAUAGAUUAAAAUUGGUCAGACCAACUUUGAACAGUCCAUUGAGAGAUCUACCAUGUUUCGACCCUAACCCUAAUGUGAACCAUGUCUCUGUAUUGCAGGCAGUAAACAGAGUAAGACAGUGUACAUCGACCCUCCACUGCUGCAGACAGCGAUGACUGUGAGAGAGAGGAGUCUGCUGUUCCAUGAGGAGAGCAUGAAGCUGUCAGUCAACAAGACUGGAACUAAGAACGUCUUCCACCUCAUGACUGAGGUUCCAGCUAUGGACAGACAACUACCAGCUGUAUGUAACCUAACCCCUAACCCUAACCCUACAUCUCCUAACUGUUAGUAACCUAACCCCUAACCCUGACCUUAACCCUACAUCUCCUAACUGUAUGUAGCCUAACCCCUAACCCUGACCUUAACCCUACAUCUCCUAACUGUAUGUAGCCUAACCCCUAACCCUGACCUUAACCCUACAUCUCCUAGCUGUUAGUAACCUAACCCUGACCUUAACCCUACAUCUCCUAACUGUAUGUAGCCUAACCCCUAACCCUGACCUUAACCCUACAUCUCCUAACUGUAUGUAACCUAACCCCUAACCCUGACCUUAACCCUACAUCUCCUAACUGUAUGUAACCUAACCCCUAACCCUGACCUUAACCCUACAUCUCCUAACUGUAUGUAGCCUAACCCCUAACCCUGACCUUAACCCUACAUCUCCUAACUGUAUGUAACCUAACCCCUAACCCUGACCUUAACCCUACAUCUCCUAACUGUUAGUAGCCUAACCCCUAACCCUGACCUUAACCCUACAUCUCCUAACUGUUAGUAGCCUAACCCCUAACCCUGACCUUAACCCUACAUCUCCUAACUGUAUGUAGCCUAACCCCUAACCCUGACCUUAACCCUACAUCUCCUAACUGUUAGUAGCCUAACCCCUAACCCUGACCUUAACCCUACAUCUCCUAACUGUAUGUAACCUAACCCCUAACCCUAACCUUAACCCUACAUCUCCUAACUGUUAGUAGCCUAACCCCUAACCCUGACCUUAACCCUACAUCUCCUAACUGUUAGUAACCUAACCCCUAACCCUAACCUUAACCCUACAUCUCCUAACUGUAUGUAACCUAACCCCUAACCCUGACCUUAACCCUACAUCUCCUAACUGUAUGUAACCUAACCCCUAACCCUGACCUUAACCCUACAUCUCCUAACUGUUAGUAACCUAACCCCUAACCCUGACUUAACCCUACAUCUCCUAACUGUUAGUAGCCUAACCCCUAACCCUGACCUUAACCCUACAUCUCCUAACUGUAUGUAACCUAACCCCUAACCCUGACCUUAACCCUACAUCUCCUAACUGUUAGUAGCCUAACCCCUAACCCUGACCUUAACCCUACAUCUCCUAACUGUAUGUAACCUAACCCCUAACCCUGACCUUAACCCUACAUCUCCUAACUGUAUGUAACCUAACCCCUAACCCUGACCUUAACCCUACAUCUCCUAACUGUAUGUAACCUAACCCCUAACCCUGACCUUAACCCUACAUCUCCUAACUGUAUGUAACCUAACCCCUAACCCUGACCUUAACCCUACAUCUCCUAACUGUUAGUAACCUAACCCCUAACCUAAACCCUACAUCUCCUAACUGUAUGUAACCUAACCCUGACCUUAACCCUACAUCUCCUAACUGUAUGUAACCUAACCCCUAACCCUGACCUUAACCCUACAUCUCCUAACUGUUAGUAACCUAACCCCUAACCCUGACCUUAACCCUACAUCUCCUAACUGUUAGUAACCUAACCCCUAACCCUGACCUUAACCCUACAUCUCCUAACUGUUAGUAACCUAACCCCUAACCCUGACCUUAACCCUACAUCUCCUAACUGUUAGUAACCUAACCCCUAACCCUGACCUUAACCCUACAUCUCCUAACUGUUAGUAACCUAACCCCUAACCCUGACCUUAACCCUACAUCUCCUAACUGUUAGUAACCUAACCCCUAACCCUGACCUUAACCCUACAUCUCCUAACUGUUAGUAACCUAACCCCUAACCCUGACCUUAACCCUACAUCUCCUAACUGUAUGUAACCUAACCCCUAACCCUGACUUAACCCUACAUCUCCUAACUGUAUGUAACCUAACCCCUAACCCUGACCUUAACCCUACAUCUCCUAGCUGUUAGUAACCUAACCCCUAACCCUGACCUUAACCCUACAUCUCCUAACUGUAUGUAGCCUAACCCCUAACCCUGACCUUAACCCUACAUCUCCUAACUGUAUGUAACCUAACCCCUAACCCUGACCUUAACCCUACAUCUCCUAACUGUAUGUAACCUAACCCCUAACCCUGACCUUAACCCUACAUCUCCUAACUGUAUGUAACCUAACCCCUAACCCUGACCUUAACCCUACAUCUCCUAACUGUAUGUAACCUAACCCCUAACCCUGACCUUAACCCUACAUCUCCUAACUGUUAGUAACCUAACCCCUAACCUUAACCCUACAUCUCCUAACUGUAUGUAACCUAACCCCUAACCCUGACUUAACCCUACAUCUCCUAACUGUAUGUAACCUAACCCCUAACCCUGACCUUAACCCUACAUUUGGUUUCAUAGCAGAUGUUUUGUAAUGGUUUCCCUUCCUAGAGUAAGAAGUUGGUUUCUAACUGAGUGUGUGUUCUACUGGAGAGCUCUAACUGAGUGUGUGUUCUACAGGAGAGCUCUAACUGAGUGUGUGUUCUACUGGAGAGCUCUAACUGAGUGUGUGUUCUACAGGAGAGCUCUAACUGAGUGUGUGUUCUACUGGAGAGCUCUAACUGAGUGUGUGUUCUACAGGAGAGCUGUAACUGAGUGUGUGUUCUACAGGAGAGCUCUAACUGAGUGUGUGUUCUACAGGAGAGCUCUAACUGAGUGUGUUCUACAGGAGAGCUCUAACUGAGUGUGUGUUCUACUGGAGAGCUCUAACUGAGUGUGUGUUCUACAGGAGAGCUCUGAGUGUGUGUUCUACAGGAGAGCUCUAACUGAGUGUGUGUUCUACUGGGGAGCUCUAACUGAGUGUGUGUUCUACUGGAGAGCUCUAACUGAGUGUGUGUUCUACAGGAGAGCUCUAACUGAGUGUGUGUUCUACAGGAGAGCUCUAACUGAGUGUGUGUUCUACAGGAGAGCUGUAACUGAGUGUGUGUUCUACAGGAGAGCUCUAACUGAGUGUGUGUUCUACAGGAGAGCUCUAACUGAGUGUGUGUUCUACAGGAGAGCUCUAACUGAGUGUGUGUUCUACUGGAGAGCUCUAACUGAGUGUGUGUUCUACUGGGGAGCUCUAACUGAGUGUGUGUUCUACAGGAGAGCUCUAACUGAGUGUGUGUUCUACAGGAGAGCUCUAACUGAGUGUGUGUUCUACUGGAGAGCUCUAACUGAGUGUGUGUUCUACAGGAGAGCUCUGAGUGUGUGUUCUACAGGAGAGCUCUAACUGAGUGUGUGUUCUACAGGAGAGCUCUAACUGAGUGUGUGUUCUACUGGAGAGCUCUAACUGAGUGUGUGUUCUACAGGAGAGCUCUGAGUGUGUGUUCUACAGGAGAGCUCUAACUGAGUGUGUGUUCUACAGGAGAGCUCUAACUGAGUGUGUGUUCUACAGGAGAGCUCUAACUGAGUGUGUGUUCUACAGGAGAGCUCUGAGUGUGUGUUCUACAGGAGAGCUCUAACUGAGUGUGUGUUCUACAGGAGAGCUCUAACUGAGUGUGUGUUCUACAGGAGAGCUCUAACUGAGUGUGUUCUACUGGAGAGCUCUAACUGAGUGUGUGUUCUACUGGAGAGCUCUAACUGAGUGUGUUCUACUGGAGAGCUCUAACUGAGUGUGUGUUCUACUGGAGAGCUCUAACUGAGUGUGUGUUCUACAGGAGAGCUCUAACUGAGUGUGUUCUACUGGAGAGCUCUAACUGAGUGUGUGUUCUACAGGAGAGCUCUAACUGAGUGUGUGUUCUACAUGAGAGCUCUAACUGAGUGUGUUCUACUGGAGAGCUCUAACUGAGUGUGUGUUCUACUGGAGAGCUCUAACUGAGUGUGUUCUACUGGAGAGCUCUAACUGAGUGUGUGUUCUACUGGAGAGCUCUAACUGAGUGUGUGUUCUACUGGAGAGCUCUAACUGAGUGUGUUCUACUGGAGAGCUCUAACUGAGUGUGUGUUCUACAGGAGAGCUCUAACUGAGUGUGUGUUCUACAGGAGAGCUCUAACUGAGUGUGUUCUACUGGAGAGCUCUAACUGAGUGUGUGUUCUACAGGAGAGCUCUAACUGAGUGUGUGUUCUACUGGAGAGCUCUAACUGAGUGUGUGUUCUACAGGAGAGCUCCCAGAGGAGGCUGGUGUCGUUUGAGAGCUCUGGUCUGGACUUUGGUCUGGAUCUCACAGACCUAGAAACAUUUGGAGAAACGACUCAGUCCCCCAAGAGGCUGAAGACCCAUAAACUACAGAAAGACUUGGUUAGUCAGUCUAAAACCAAGUCUAAACAGUACAGUGGGACACUGGUUAAAGAGGUCUCUAAGGCCAGCAGAAGUCAGGAGGAAGAGGUGAACUUCAUGACAGACAUGAAGGUGGUUUCAGAGAAAGAGCAUGGAGAGCAGAGCUGUGCUGAACAAUCAUUGGCUGCUACUGUCCCCUCAGCCAAUCAGCUGAAGCCUGGCUCUUUACAGGACUCUGAGGAGCAGUUAUUCUCAGGUGGAGACUCGGAGGACGAGCGCCUGGUGAUCGAUGACCCUGUAUCUCCAGUCACCACCACCAACAGGUUACCCCUGACCACGGUGACCCAACUCUCCCCAACUCAUCAACAGGACACCCCACGGUCCCCCUCCGCCCCCAGGGACAGACCCAGCCUCGCCUCGUCACCACCACUCCCCGCCACUGGGACAAGGAGAGUGUCCAGGAAGGCUAAGGUACCAGGGUGCUGUGACCAGCUGGGUCAGAUCUUAGCCAUGCAGAAAGCCAUGCUCAAACCCAACCCCUCCAACAACCAGACCCAGGACCCAACCAGCCCCUGGUCCUCCCAGCCCGCAGAACCCCUCUCCAACCCAAACCCCCAGUCGCUGGUGAAGCCCUGUGUCUCCAUCUACCUGGAGAGUACCCAGGAUGGAGAGACGUAUGUCGACGCCCCUUCUCGGUCUGCACCAAUAGUCAACAGGACGACUGUACAACAGAAACGUUAGUAUUAACCAUCAACAUGGACAGAUACAAAUAUAUUCCAACAGUAUGUGAGAUUGUAGCAUGUUGUUAUGUGUGUAAUGAUGAUAGCAGUGGAUGUGUUACAUGUUAAUGUGUCCCCCCCCAGGGCUGCUGUGUUACAUGUUAAUGUGUCCCCCCCAGGCAUGCUGUUUACAUGUUAAUGUGUCCCCCCAGGCUGCUUGUUACAUGUUAAUGUGUCCCCCAGGGCUGCUGUGUUACAUGUUAAUGUGUCCCCCCCCAGGGCUGCUGUGUUACAUGUUAAUGUGUCCCCCCCCCAGGGCUGCUGUGUUACAUGUUAAUGUGUCCCCCCCCAGGGCUGCUGUGUUACUGUUUAAUGUUGUCCCCCCCCAGGGCUGCUGUGUUACAUGUUAAUGUGUCCCCCCCCCAGGGCUGUUUGUGUUACAUGUUAAUGUGUCCCCCCCCAGGCUGCUGUGUUACAUGUUAAUGUGUCCCCCCCCCCAGGGCUGCUGUGUUACAUGUUAAUGUGUCCCCCCCCCAGGGCUGCUGUGUUACAUGUUAAUGUGUCCCCCCCCCAGGGCUGCUGUGUUUACAUGUUAAUGUGUCCCCCCCCAGGGCUGCUGUGUUACAUGUUAAUGUGUCCCCCCCCAGGGCUGCUGUGUUACAUGUUAAUGUGUCCCCCCCCAGGGCUGCUGUGUUACAUGUUAAUGUGUCCCCCCCAGGGCUGCUGUUACAUGUUAAUGUGUCCCCCCCCAGGGCUGCUGUGUUACAUGUUAAUGUGUCCCCCCCCAGGGCUGCUGUGUUACAUGUUAAUGUGUCCCCCCCCAGGGCUGCUGUGUUACAUGUUAAUGUGUCCCCCCCCAGGGCUGCUGUGUUACAUGUUAAUGUGUCCCCCCCCAGGGCUGCUGUGUUACAUGUUAAUGUGUGUCCCCCCCCCCCAGGGCUGCUGUGUUACAUGUUAAUGUGUCCCCCCCCAGGGCUGCUGUGUUACAUGUUAAUGUGUCCCCCCCCAGGGCUGCUGUGUUACAUGUUAAUGUGUCCCCCCCCCAGGGCUGCUUGUUGUUACAUGUUAAUGUGUCCCCCCCCCCAGGGCUGCUGUGUUACAUGUUAAUGUGUCCCCCCCCAGGGCUGCUGUGUUACAUGUUAAUGUGUCCCCCCCCCAGGGCUGCUGUGUUACAUGUUAAUGUGUCCCCCCCCCCAGGGCUGCUGUGUUACAUGUUAAUGUGUCCCCCCCCCAGGGCUGCUGUGUUACAUGUUAAUGUGUCCCCCCCCCAGGGCUGCUGUGUUACAUGUUAAUGUGUCCCCCCCCAGGGCUGCUGUGUUACAUGUUAAUGUGUCCCCCCCCCAGGGCUGCUGUGUUACAUGUUAAUGUGUCCCCCCCCAGGGCUGCUGUGUUACAUGUUAAUGUGUCCCCCCCCAUGGCUGCUGUGUUACAUGUUAAUGUGUCCCCCCCCCCAGGGCUGCUGUGUUACAUGUUAAUGUGUCCCCCCCCCCAGGGCUGCUGUGUUACAUGUUAAUGUGUCCCCCCCCAGGGCUGCUGUGUUACAUGUUAAUGUGUCCCCCCCCCAGGGCUGCUGUGUUACAUGUUAAUGUGUCCCCCCCCAGGGCUGCUGUGUGAUGAUCUCAUGGUGGGGGCUGAGGACGAGGGGGACUAUUCCUCUCCAGAGGAAGGAAACCUGCUGUAUAAACUGUACAGUCUAAAGGACCUGCUGCUGUUGGUGCGGAGCGACGUCUGUCAGGCCUAUACACGCAGGCUGGGCACCAGCAACAAGGUCUGGACAGAGAUACAGGGCCUUCAGAAACUAGUCACACCCCUUGACUUUUUACACAUUCUGUUGUUACAAGGUGGGAUUAAAAUGUAAUUGUCAUUUUUUUGUGAACGAUCUACACAAAAUACUCGGUAAUGUCAAAUUGGAAGAAACAUUUGUAAAACACUAAUACAUCUUGAUUACAUAAGUAUUCAAUCAAUCCCGAGUCAAUACAUGUUAGAAUCACCUUUGGCAGCGAUUACAGCUCUGAGUCUUUCUGGGUAAGUCUCUAAGAGCUUUUCACACCUGGAUUGUACAAUAUUUGCACUAAGACCGCUCUCAACGAGCUGUAUAAGGUCAAUCGGUAGAGCAUGGCGCUUGUAACGCCAGGGUAGUGGGUUCGAUCCCCGGGACCACCCAUACGUAAAAAUGUAUGCACAUAUGACUGUAAGUCGCUUUGGAUAAAAGCGUCUGCUAAAUGGCAUAUUAUCUAUUAUUAUUAUAAGAAAAUGCUCAUCCAGAAGCGGCGCUCCUAGUGGCCGGGGACUUUAAUGCAGGCCACCUUAAAUCCAUUUUACCUCAUUUCUACCUGCAUGUCACAUGUGCAACCAGAGGGAAAAAAACUCUAGACCACCUUUACUCCACACACAGAGACGCAUACAAAGCUCUCCCUCGCCCUCCAUUUGGCAAAUCUGACCAAAAACUAAAGCAGGAAGCACCAGUGACUCGGUUAAUAAAAAAGUGGUCAGAUGAAGCAGAUGCUAAGCUACAGGACCGUUUUGCUAGCACAGACUGGAAUAUGUUCCGGGAUUCAUCCAAUGGCAUUCAGGAGUAUACCACCUCAGUCACCGGCAUCAUCAAUAAGUCGUAGUCUGCGCUCCAGCAGGUAUAUCUCACUGGUCAUCCCCAAAGCCAACACCUCCUUUGGCCGCCAUUCCUUCCAGUUCUCUGCUGCCAAUGACUGGAACGAACUGCAAAAAUCUCUGAAGCUGGAGACUCUUAUCUCCCUCACUAACUUUAAGCAUCAGUUGUCAGAGCACCUUACCGAUCACUGCACCUGUACACAGCCCAUCUGUAAUUAGCCCGCCCAACUACCUCAUCCCUAUAUUGUUAUUUAUUUUGCUCUUUUGCAACCCAGUAUCUCUAUUUGCACAUCAUCUCUUGCACAUCUAGCAUUCCAGUGUUAAUACUAAUUGUAAUUAUUUUGCACUAUGGCCUAUUUAUUGCCUUACCUCCAUAACUUGCUACAUUUGCACACACUGUAUAUAUAUUUUCUGUUGUAUUUUUGACUUUAUGUUUUGUUUUACCCCAUAUGUAACUCUGUGUUGUUGUUUUUAUCGCACUGCUUUGCUUUAUCUUGGCCAGGUCGCAGUUGUAAAUGAGAACUUGUUCUCAACUGGCUUACCUGGUUAAAUAAAGGUGAAAUAAAAUAAAUAAAUAAAAUAAAAAAGUCCAUCGACGACUUCGUCCCCACAGUGACGGUACGUACAUAUCCCAACCAGAAGCCAUGGAUUACAGGCAACAUCCGCACUGAGCUAAAGGCUAGAGCUGCCGCUUUCAAGGAGCGGAACACUAAUAUGCCCUCAAACGAACCAUCAAACAGGCAAAGAGUCAAUACAGGACUAAGAUUGAAUCCUACUACACCGGCUCUGACGCUCGUCGGAUGUGGCAGGGCUUGCAAACUAUUACGGACCACAAAGGGAAGCACAGCCGCGAGCUGCCCAGUGACGCGAGCCUACCAGACGAGCUAAAUACCUUUUAUGCUUGCUUCGAGGCAAGCAACACUGAAGCAUGCAUGAGAGCACCAGCUGUCUCUGGAAAUACCUCCCCAUAAUGUUUAAAUGAUUGGAAUGGGAUGAAGUCUUACAUGAAAAAAAAAACACAUUUACAUUACCAAGUACAUUAAUGGGGUAAACCUUCUCUAAGAGAAUGUAUUAGGCUGUUUGAGAGAAGAUUUGAAUCCUAAUCAACCCAUCCAAUGUGAGUACAUCUGUUGUUGCAGUACAGUAGAUCAUUAAAGCUACAGUACUCUAGCAGUAGUCAAGCUGCUUAUGCUGAAAAGCCUAGUUAGUGCAUAGGUCAAAUUAGCUUUUGAAUUUCGUGUAUUUUUCGGCCUCAGACAAAAGCUAAUAUUUCACUUAAAGGAGUUUUUUGUUUUAAUACACUCCCCACUCCCUCUUUGUAAACAUGUACCACACAUCUGGUAUAUGCUGUUCACUGUGUUGAGUAAACCUUCAGUAAACCUUCAGUAAACCUGUGUGUUUGUGUCCUUCAGGUGGUUCCGGUCUAUAUCCUGUCCAAGAUGGAGUACCAGCUUUCUUAUGGAGUGGAGAGUCUAACUAAGACUGAGGCCUGCCGGCUGUGGGCUGAGACAAAAGCCUAA